AUGGGCGUUACGGCCAUCGUCUCUCCCUCUUACAGGCGGGCCUUCCUCACCGACCAUACACAUGGCCUCGCUCGUCGAAACCAGCCGACGUCUCUUGGUGUUUUGCUCAGGUUUUGGAUGUUCCUAGUACAUUGGUGGGAGUAUGUUUGCAUCAGUGUUCAACACAUCUCCGAGGUCGUCUGCGUAUUUGUAGGUUUUGCCUCACAUAGCUCACGCGUGGAGCGUGUUACAUAUCUGCAGGAUAGACUUGUCUUUAUCAAGAUAUCCCCAAAUUAUGAAGAUCAUACGGAUGUGGACUCAAAUCUUGAGGCUGUGAGAUAUGGAAAGAUCUAUUUCAAUGGUGUUCGGAUCUACAUGAUAUUUUCUCUUAAGAUUCAGAGUAAUCCUGUAUGGCUUUCCUUAUGUGGGAGCAAUCACUUAAAUCUCGGGUCGGUGAUCACUGUAAUCCGCCGAUGUAUCAAUCACACGGAGCUGAUUGGAGACCUAUUGACUAAACGGAUUGAUCUCGCCAUUCACCUACAAAAACAAACAUUGAGAGUUCAUCUCUCUCACUACGCUAGAACUGAGAAACAAUCCCACACAUCUCAGAGGUUUACUUUGUCCAUUCGCAACACCUUACCUGUCAAUAUGGCUUUCUUUGGGAAGAUGGUGGCACCGCGGGAUGAGAGGAAGAGAUUGUCCCCCAUUCAGAUGCCUGAUUUUGAUGACUCGAAGAUCAUCAAACAGUUUGAGAAGACGUUGGUUGGCAGAGUUUUGAACCCGAAACAGACGCACCGGGUCAAAGCUCUCAUUGCUUUCUUAUCGGAAGUGUGGUAG